CUUGCCCGGCUCCCGGCUACCGCGGGGACAGCGGGCGGUCAUUCCCCGCAUUGCUGCGGGAAGCAACCCUGAGCCCUUGGGGCUCCCGCGGCAGGACCCGCGUUUCCCGAUUGCAGCCAGCCUCGAGCCGGAGCCGAUGGCCGCGUGGGCCCUGGCCCGCUGGAGCAGGGCAGCUGCCCCGUGCUUGGGGGCACGCGGCCCUGGCGUCCCCCUUCGCGAGCCCCCGGGAUGCCGUCCAGCUCCCGCUCUGGCCAGGACGCUGCACCUCACUGCGGCGGUCCCCGCCGGCCACAACAAGUGGUCCAAAGUCCGCCACAUCAAGGGGCCCAAGGACGCCGAACGGAGUCGCGUCUUCUCCAAGCUCUCGCUGAGCAUUCGUCUGGCCGUCAAAGAGGGUGGCCCCAACCCGGAGCACAAUAGCAACCUGGCCAAUAUCCUAGAGGUGUGUCGCAGCAAGCACAUGCCCAAGUCGACCAUUGAGGCAGCGUUGAAAAUGGAGAAAACCAAGGGUGUUUACUUGCUCUAUGAAGGUCGAGGCCCUGGUGGCUCUUCUCUGCUCAUUGAGGCGUUAUCGAACAAAGGCGCCAAGUGCCAGUCAGACAUUAAACACAUCCUGAAUAAGAAUGGGGGAGUGAUGGUUGAAGGAGCUCGUCAUUCCUUUGACAAAAAGGGGGUGAUCGUGGUGGGAGUGGAGGACAGAGAUAAGAAAGCUGUGAACCUGGAACGAGCCCUGGAGCUGGCCAUUGAAGCAGGAGCCGAGGAUGUCAAGGAAACGGAAGACGAAGAAGAAAAGAGCCUUUUUAAGUUUAUUUGUGAUGUCUCUUCGCUGCAUCAAGUAAGGAAGAAGCUGGAUUCCCUGGGCUUGUGCUCCGUGUCCUGCAUGCUGGAGUUCAUCCCCAACUCGAAGGUGCAGCUGGCCGACCCCGACCUGGAGCAGGCCGCCCUCCUCAUCCAGGCUCUCGGGAACCACGAGGAUGUGAUUCGGGUCUAUGACAACAUUGAGUGAUCGGGACUGUGUGUCCCCAGGCUCCUUCAUUAGUGAGACUGCAGCAAGUGGGGGGCCUAGCAGGUGAGCAGGGCUAAGGUCAGGUUUGGUGACCUUGGGGCCAGAGGAAUUCCACAUGUCCACAGAGCCUGUCAACUUGGCUGGUGUCUCAUGUGACCUACCUGGACGAGUGUAAGCGCCCAAACAAGCUGCUGCUGCAUGCCGUGUGACACUAGCCAGCUGGUCAGGCUCUGGUCUCAAGUCACUGGACCUUAUGAGGACUGUUAGAGCCCCAAGACCCUGUGUAGUAGAAGCUGUUCUGAAAGAAUAACAGUGAUUGACUUUG